CAAACAGAAAGAAAGAAAGAGAGAGAUCAGUUGUGUCGCGUAAAACCACGACUUAUUCUCAAAUCCCAUUCAUUGACUAAUUUUAGUUUCUCCAACAUUUCCCCGAUGAGAAGAACAAACUAGAACCCCCGCCGAUACUCACCUCCCCGAAACGCCGCCGUUCCGCCCCUCACUCGCCAUGACCAGCUCCUCUGCCGCUUCACGCAAGGCUUUGAGCAAGAUUGCCUGCAAUCGGCUCCAGAAGGAGCUCGUGGAGUGGCAGGUGAAUCCUCCGACAGGAUUCAAGCAUAAGGUCACUGAUAAUCUUCAAAGAUGGGUGAUUGAAGUCGACGGAGCUCCGGGGACUCUGUAUGCCAAUGAAAUGUAUCAGCUCCAAGUUGAUUUUCCUGAGCAUUAUCCCAUGGAAGCUCCACAGGUGAUAUUUCUCUCACCAGCUCCUCAGCAUCCGCACAUUUAUAGCAAUGGCCAUAUCUGCUUGGAUAUAUUGUAUGACUCAUGGUCUCCGGCCAUGACCGUCAGUUCUAUCUGUAUCAGCAUUCUCUCCAUGUUGUCCAGUUCCCCUGCAAAGCAACGCCCAGCAGAUAAUGAUCGAUACGUGAAGAACUGUAGGAAUGGCCGAUCUCCCAAGGAGACAAGGUGGUGGUUCCAUGAUGACAAGGUGUAACAACAUAACAAAUAAUUGUUAACUUAUGUAUGAAGAAAUGAGGCUCUGAGCCUGAAAUACUAUUUAAUCAAUGGCAUUCAAAAGGGGAGCUGGCUGGGGCCGAUGUCUCCCCCACCCUUCUAUACA